GAGAGAGUGAGAAAUAAACAGAGGAGAGCGACAGGGAAAGAGUGAGAGAGGGGGCGAGCGGCAACUUCACCGGGGUUUAUCACUGCGCACUGUCGAGGAGGAGAGAUCGCUUUUGAGCGCAGCAUUCACAUGCAGGUUAAAAAGUGGACUGAACGAUUGAAACGCCUGAUUUACUAAUGGACUGUUAGAGAGCACAGUGAGAGGUAAAAGCUGUGCCAGCGUGACACGGAGCGGACACUGGGGGAAAAAAGAAGCUGAUGCAGUGGUGAAAGUUACCAACUAUGGAGAUGCAUUGUUGACCAAGACUUUACGAAGUGUCCGGACCACUCAGAGUCAUUAAUUUAAAGUGGAUGAUAUUACAGACGAACCUCAGUGAGCUUGUCUGUCCGGUGAUAUUCCGGUGCUGCUGUGGACCAUAACCAGCGCAGUCGCAUAGACGGAGCGAGCAAUCCUUCCACACAACACAAUCGGCGCCCAGAGCAACUAAAAUGUCUGCGCUAUACCUCAUCUUUUGCCUUAUGGUCACAGCAGCCGCAAAAGCAGCCUACUUCUCCCAGCAGCCUCAGGACCAGGUGGUUGUAUCUGGUCAGUCAGUAACUCUACCCUGUGUCAUUGUGGGUUACCGGGGAAUGGUACAGUGGACCAAAGAUGGCCUAGCAUUGGGUGGAGAGAGAGACCUACCAGGCUGGACGCGCUAUUCCUUAAUGGGUGACCCGCUAUCAGGCGAGCACAGCUUGCUGAUCGAUUCGGCAGAGUUGGCAGAUGACGCAGUGUAUGAGUGUCAGGCUACACAGGCGGGACUGCGCUCCCACCGUGCCAAGCUCACUGUACUAGUUCCUCCUGCAGACCCUUUGGUGGAGGGCGGCCCUGUUGUACGUCUUAAGGCCCACACACCACACAACCUCACCUGCAGAGCCUCAGGAGCCAAACCUGCUGCUGAGAUCACCUGGUACAGAGAUGGAGAGGUCAUGGAGACCGCAAUUUAUUCCAAGACACUGAUGGAGGAUGGGAAGAGAGAGACAGCUGUCAGUAUGCUUCCAAUCGUCCCAGAGGACAGCGACUCUGGACGCACCUACACCUGCAGAGUUCUUAACCCAGCUGCCCCUGCUGGACGACAGACAUCCAUCACUAUCAAUGUCCAGCACCCUCCUUCAGUAACUCUGUCAGUCCAGCCUCAGACUGUAACUGAGGGUGCCAAGGUUCUCUUCAUCUGCUCUGCUUCAGCCCACCCAGAAAUCACUGGAUACAGGUGGUCCAAAGGAGGAGUUCCCAUCUCUGAAGCAAAUGGGGACAGCCUUGAGGUGACGGUGGACUACUCCUACUUCACAGACCCCGUCUCCUGUGAGGUGUCCAACUCUGUGGGCACCACUAAUGUCAGCACACUGGUUGAUGUCCAAUUUGGCCCCAGACUGCUGUCAGAGCCUAAGCCAAUGACAGUGGAUAGUGGGAUGGAUGCUGCUUUUACUUGCGCAUGGACUGGAAACCCUCCUUUGACCCUGGCCUGGACCAAGCAGGGCUCGAGCGUGGUGCUCAGUAAUGGUAACACCUUGCAGCUUAAGGCUGUUACCCAGGAGGAUGCUGGAACAUACACUUGCAAGGCCAUUGUGCCACGGAUUGGAGUUGGAGAAAGGGACGUCACUCUUACUGUAAAUGGCCCACCUAUCAUCACAGCAGACGCCACACAGCAUGCUGUCAAGCACUCCAAGGGCAAGCUGGAGUGCCGGGUGGGAAGCAGUCCUCCACCUGAUAAUAUUGUGUGGACCUUUGGAGACAUGAGUCUGUCGUCUGGUUCUUCCGGCCGUUACUCAGUGCAGACAGUAACCAGCGACCAUGGAGUUGUGUCUUCUCUGGUGCUGUCUGAGACUCUUGCACAGGAUUUCCAGAUGCGCUACAACUGCACUGCUUGGAACCGCUUCGGCACUGGCACCGCCUUGGUCACACUGAAGGAGCAAGAAGCCCUGCCUAUGUUGAUAAUUGUUGGCGGAGCAGUCGGUGGAGGCUGUGUGCUGCUUAUCUGUGUCAUUACUUUGGUCUCACUCUGCUGCAGGCACACAGGAAAAGGUGAGCUCAAUGGUAAGAGGUGCACCCGCCUGUCCAAGAGUGACAUCAGGGUUCAGAUUGUUCACAGUGAUCACAAUGCUACACAUGGAAAUGAUGAUGAGGAGGAUGUCAAAGAGCCCAUGGCUCCAAACAGCAGCGAGUCUCCAGGGACAUCUCGCACAGAACACAGCGACCUCCUGGAAGAGGAGGAGGAUGAAAGAUCGGACAUCAAGGACCCCACCAAUGGCUACUACAAUGUCCGUGGCCAUGAAGACCGCCAUAUCCGCAGCAGUGGAUUCUCCGAAUAUGUGCCCAACUCACGGCCAGUCUACACACCAUCGCAGCUGCCCUCGCCCAGCCCUGUGUAUGGUCAGCAUGGCACCCAACCACGUAUCUACGAGUUCUCCCAUCGAUAUGCAACCACCACAGUGACCCAAUCCUCAUAUGAACAGCAGCAAGCUGCUCAGCAGCAGCCAGCACAGUCAGUCAACAUUUAUCCCACUGACCCCCUCUACAGUGGUUCUGCUUACCUGCCUGCUACCUACAGCCGCGCCUUCACCAGCUAUGUUAAGCCUGCCUCUUAUGAGAAGGUGGAUGCGUAUGACCAAUCGGACCAGGCCAGCAAGGUGUCCAGCUCAUCCCGCUUCUCUUAUGCCUCCUCACAAGUGUCCUCCCAGCAGUCUGACUAUGGCCGGCCCUCACAGCGCAUGCAGACUCAUGUCUGAUUGGACAAAAUUAUUGGAGAAAAGACGAAUAAGGGAGCAGUGAGUAGAUAACCAUUGUCACCUCCACAUACAUGUGUGGCUGGACUAACAUGAACAGAGACUUUCUUUACUUGGACGGUCCUUCAAGGGCAUGUUUGGACAGUAUUUGGAGGGAGUCAUGUGAUUUAGGUUAUGGGAUAACCAACCUUUGUUGUGGCGAAUGGCAGGAAAAUGCUAACUGUAGAGCUCCUGAGCUGGAGAAUUGAGCUGAUUUUGAUGUUCAAGUCAAACUUAUAGUUACAGUGUGAUACCUCACCAGGUUGUCUCUCCAUGAUGACCACCCAAACCUGUGGAGAUAUUCUGACAGUGCAAGGGCCAACUAGAAAACAAUUCAAAUGUAUCUCCUGAAUUUGGGUGGCCAAAACGACUGGGGCAUUCCAGAGUUUACUUUGUGUCAACACUAAAUUUCAAACAUGACCUCAAAAAUACAUUGAAAGAAGAUAUUACAAGCUAAGACACAUUUGAGGAAAAAAAACGAUGUGAACAACAUAUUAUCGUCUGUCAUUUGGUGUUUUGUUGGCAUGCGAAAGGAAUUCUAAGCACAUUUGUGUCUCUAUCAUCAACAAAAGACUGAGCUAUCCACAGAGACAGACAUACACUAUUCUGCACAACAGGCUAGCUGUAGGCUACUGUAUGAAGAGUUGAAUCAGCGGUGGAAUACUUUAUGCCUGAGCUGUAUUCCUGUAGCUUGAUCUGAUAACAGCCCUAACAUGUUGGACUUAGCAGUGUUGCUUACCAGUGGAUAAAAGAAGAUAUGAAGAGAAUGUGUAUUUUAGCCUUCAUUUAAUGGAAGACUAUAUGUUAACUGUGUUUUGUACAAAGAUGGACAAGGAAAGGCCAUUAAAACCCAAAGAUGGUGAUAAUUGUAUAGGGUAAAGGGGGGGCGGAGGUGGAGACUGAAGACUGCGUUCCUACCCCUGGUACUGUUCUCUACUGUGUUUACUGAUUGUGAAAUGAAGAGUAGGAUAUUACCAGAACAAUCAAUUGUGGUGGUUUGGAAAAUGGUGGCAAUCUUGAACUUGAAAUAAACUUGAAUGCAACGUCAACUUUAGCAGGCUCAGGUGGGGUAAAGACAUGAAAGGCUAAGGCUAAGUUGGACAAUACGCUCUCAAGUUUUGCAACUCAAUCAAAUUGUCUCAAUAUGUUUACAAGAAACAGUACUACCCUGAAACACUAAAUAUCUGUACAAAUGGCUGAGCCCAUACUUUCUCUCUGUUGCAUGCAAAUGAUGUGUCUAGUGAAACUCUUCAGCGUUUAUAUUCAUGUCCAUUUCAUGUUUGAGACAUUGGUUUCUGCACCUGGCCCAGUUGCAUUCCAUUUCCUGGAUGUUUCAGUAUGGACGCCUGUACUGCCAUUUGUCUAAAAAGCUGUUUCCAGGCAGCCUGAUGAGAGAACAAAUGACCCUUAAAGUGAGGAAGCAAACAUCAUCGCUUGUCUUUAUUUUUAUAUUUUAUAUAAGCCUUAAUGUACAGCGUGUAAGCUGCUCUAUUGUAAAGUAUCUUUAUAUACAUAUGUAUCUAUCUUGGUUAUUUGGAUCCACAGAUUUUCUUCUCUAAGUUGUUCAUCAAUCACUGAAUG